CUCACGUAAGAAACGCAACGCGCGAGGGAUGCGGUCACACCCCCUCAUCUCAGUACGCCCCCAAAGACCCGUGGGCGAACAACAAUACUUAAGGAGUUUGAUGCAGCCCACCUUACAGCAUCUGAUAUGAUAUGGAGACCACAUCAUCUCUAAAUGAACAGUCAGUGAUAGCAUCUUGAAGAUCUUAACUAUGGACGAAGACGGAGACACCAACUGAGGAGGGAAAUAACGGGGGUCCAUUUAAGAUGACACGAACGGAUCCCCCUGACAUAUUAACAUCAACUUUGUAUCAAGACAUAAAAAUUAGCCCUAACUGUGGGCUCUCAAGGUAUUCUGGAUCUUCUAAGCAAUGUGAUUCCCAAAUGGUUGGCCCACUGGAUCAAAACUUUGAAACCAUUAACAAAAGACAUUGCCGUAGCUUUGACUUCAUUGAGUCACUGGAUGACCCAAAGGACUUUUCCUUGUCCAUGGAGUAUCCUUACAGGUCUGAUCAGCAAACAGUAAGUAAGGAUGCAGUCUGGAAUGGCAUUGGACAACAGGGACACUUACGUUUUUCGUCACCAGAUCUGUUCAACUCAAGACUCUCCCAUCAACAAAUCAGCACAGACAAGAGCAACGAGGCAGCAAGGACCAGUGUUCAUGGCAAGCCUCGCUCAAAAAGUGCUCCAAGGGUUCGAGCCACCCUGACCCCUGUACCCAUCACAGUCUCUCCAACUGCAACCACGAGGCGUCGAUCCCCAGUGGACCCCCAAAAGAGAUCUGAAAGUCUGCCAAAUCGAGAAACCUUACAGUCAACCAGGGCUUUAGUUAAUGAGGUACAUCCAAUCAAGUUACAACCCCACACACCCCUCUAUGUUUCCGAUUGUUUUAAUGAGAACAGACAGGAGAAACAAGCUAACACUCCCCACGUCAGGUGCCGUGUUGAUAUAAAGCCAGACGCCUCAGUUCUCCAGCACACUGCACGGAAGAUGCCUACUCACAGAAGUAAUGUUCCCUGGCAGCAUUCCUCGACAUCAGGGAUCAGGAACGUCUCAUUUCCAAGUCAGAUAUCCACCUCUAGAACGCCUACUCCUAGUGAGUGUUACAACAUGGACUAUAGGCAAGCAUAUCAAUAUCCCAACAGCUUGUCUGGAAGUCACAUUCAAUCUGGAGAGAUCCCUUUUGGAAGGACUUCUCCUAGAGACCCAAGGGAGUACAGAACCUUGUCUAAUCCCAACAUCCCAACCAAGUUCUUCUACACGGAUGAUCCCUGCAGGUAUCCAGUUCACCCACCCAGUAGGACAUAUUAUCAGGAUGACCAGUACAGUAUUAACAGCAGCAACAGCCAAAAUCCAUCCAUUAGUAGUCAGUAUGUACUCGACCCAAGGACUCGCUGGGUUCAUACCUUGCCUGUGCGUUCAUACUAUGCAGAUUCCCCCCGUGUACCCUUGGAUCCGUUCUACGGUAGACCGUAUUCAGUGAGUGAGCCAGGGCCAUACUUCAUAUCCACUCCUCAGAGUGAAACAUACUUUCAGGAGGACCCAAGAGCAUAUGCUUUUCCCUCUGAGCCCUCAAAGAUGUUUUAUACACGGCCUUGCCAGUACCCAGCAGACUUACACAAUCCUAUGAGAGCAUAUCAUACGGAGGGACGGCGGCGGCCACGCAUGUCCCAGGUAUUUUCAGAUGACUGGAACCGGUCAAGCAUUGCUACAUAUUCCAGUCAGUACGCAUCUUCACAGGCCACUCCUCAGCGAGUGCCAUCGAUAAGCCCAUGGUAUCCCAAUGACUUUACCGAGCCAAGUCGUUUAGGAGCAGAUGUCCGGAACUACUCAAAAUCCUGGGACAAUAUUAUUAUCCCUCAUAUGGACAGAGAACAUGGUGUUUCACGAGGCAGGAGUUACGAGAACCUUCUCAAUCACGGAAGGCCAGGAGUUCCUUCGAAUAACAAUCAACAACCGGUUAUUGUGAACCUUUCUAGUUCACCAAGACGAUACGCUGCCUUGUCUCUCUCUGAAAACUGUCUAGAAAAGUGUGCUGAUGACAGACAAAACAAUCCGAAGGGACAAUGGUUUGUAACCCCGGAGAUUACAAUCACUGACAAUGACAUUCGUGCAGCAAACAGCAUCAAGAGAGAUGGGGGAAUUAGCAGCUGGAAUGCACAAAAUACAGGGCGAUGUCAAACUGCAAACUUGAACAACAUACAGAGACCAGCAAACCCACCAGAAUCCACAGAGAGAAAGAACACUAAUUACUCCCUGCAGCAAAGCCUCGAACAGCUUGAUGAGCUGCUAGCCGACCUAGUCAUUGAUUACAAGCCUCAAAAUAGCAGGAGAUCAAGUAAGGAUCUGAUAGACCAGCUCAAACAGUUGAUUCAAGAUGACGAGACCGAAGAAGGGAAGCGGGACAUAGAUCAAGAGGAUUCAGGACUCCUGAAGACACAAACGGACUCUUCAAAGACCAGCCCAGACACAUUUAAAGACCCAGACAGUGGUUGUGAAGGGUUUCGGAGGAGUGUUGAGGAUGUCUCUUUGAACCAUAUUGCAGACGAGGAUGACACUAUGGUGUGCUCCAAUAGGCAAUGCUUACGCAAAGACACUACAUUCAAUGCUUGCUUGUACUUCAAGUCCUGCCACAGCUGUUACACCUACUACUGCUCCAGGAACUGCAGGCGAGAAGACUGGGACACGCAUAAAGAGACCUGUCUUUAUGGCCGCAUUAGUAGUGUUUGCAGGCACAUACUAAAACAUUGUAGAGAGAACUCUGAUGUUCAUAAAGCUUUUUCACGCAUUGCUAGGGUAGGGUAUCUGUCCCGUGGGAGAGGAGUUCUGUUCUUAGGUUUUCCAAACCCUGGGUGUGCAGAUAACUUCAUUCAAGUUGGUCUUGACAGCCUCACCAUCUCUCCAACAUAUCUGUCCCUUCGAGAGUUAGACAGUUUUAAAGACAACCUUGGGCAAUACUGCAAAGAGUUGCAGAAUGCAGGCAAGGAAUAUGACCCCACUGAAUGUUUCCUACUGAAUGUAUCCAUUGCGAUCGGAGAUCUAGUGCCUAAAAUUCCUUCACCCAAAUUACAAAUGCCAACAGUUCGCAAGUAUGCCAAGGUCUCAUUAGCCUCCUCAAGCCCAGAUAAGAAAAUCUUUAAGAAGGAAUGUGAAAUGGAGACUCUGAUUCUCACCCCACCCCCUGGGACCUCUGACAUUGACAAGGAAGGCCAAGAGGGCAGGAAAGCAAGAGAGAUUUGCUUCAUUAAUAUUCAAAGAGAGCUUCGUACCCGGGGUGUAUUCCUUCGCCAUGAGUUUCCAGAAAUAUACAACCAGCUUUGUGAGUUUGUUGAGAGCAACAAAAGGUUCACCCCCACCACCAUCUAUCCCAUUGACAAAAGAACCGGAAAGCAGUUCAUGUGUAUGAUCAUGGCAGCAUCUGAACCAAGGAUGCUUGAUUGGGUUGGUGCACCACACCUUCUAGAUGACAUUAUAUAAUCCCUAUGCAUCCAGUAUUAUCAAGCUUUUCCUAUACAAAAUAAAAACCUUAAAUGACUAAUGUUUUUAGAUAUGUAUUUUAAUAGUGAGACUAUAUUUAUUGUUUUUCCGUCUGGCACUAAAACCUAGAAUUAAUACAAGUUGCUCAUGGGAUGAAAAGCUAUGUAUAGUACUUGUUAGAAGAUAUGAGCACAUAUGCUUUUCUUAAAAUCUGUUUCCUCAGAAUCAGAAGCUUUUUUAUAUUUGGAAGAAAAUCUUUCUGCAGUAUGGAUUUAAAUACGGUAAAAUGUGUUAAAUGGAGCUGAGAGUAAUGCACUCUUAUAGGCAUAGCUCAAAAUAAUCAAAGUAUUGAAUAAACACAGGGAGUGGACAAUGUUUAAAACUUUGUGAAUGACAGAUGUUCUAAUUCUGUGGAAUUUGCUGAACUUUCUGUGAAUUAUGUGUAGGCCUGCUUAUAACUAUAUUUCUUGUGCUAGUGUGUUGCAUCAAUUAGGAAACUUUGGAGAAUCUCGUGAGAAUUUCUUGUUUUCCCUUGCAAUACAAUAUUGUCUCAAAGUAUGUGUCUUUAGCCCCUUGAGAGGAUAAAAAUGUACUUGCAUGUACAAUGCAUGCUGGCAAGGAAAAUGCAAAUUCACUUAAAAUUUUGCAAUGGUUUGUCAGUUCUUUACAAUAAAUUAUAGUCACAGAUGAUGAUCAGUAUGGCAGACAAAAGCAUAUGUCAGGUACAUUUUUAUAGACAAAGUCAAAUAAACUGCUUGGAAGAUUUCACUGUAUUAUACAUGGCAACUGCUUUCUUUAUUGUAUUCAGUACUAUAUCUAUUCACAAGGUUAAAUCGGCUGAAAAUGUAACUUUUAACUUUCCAUGACAAGUAAACAUUUUUCUUUGAGUUAUGCACAUUUUCAUUACAUACAAAUAAGGUUACUUACUAAUUUAUUCAUCUGACUUGAAAGAUAAUUUUCUGUAUUAUUUGAGUGUUUUUAUUUAUUUCAUGGUAUUGUAAAGUUCUGAUGGUCUCAAGGUAUUUCAACUGAAACAUUUAUUGAAAUAUUGUGUUAAAAUGAUAAACCUGUAUAUAAAGUAUGCUUUAAUCAUUUAUAAUGGCUGACAAAACUUAGAUGCCUAUAUUUGAAAUGUAAUAUUUCAAUAGAAAAAUAUAAAAUUAGAAAAAUAUUUAAGCAAUGGUUUACGCGAUAUUGUGUUAGAUAUAGCACUUUAAUAAAUUGCUGAUGGAAAGCAUAUUUAUAAACAGACCGUUUUAGAUAAUGUAAUCAACAGCAUGCACACAACAAACCUUACAGCAAUUUUAAAGAUAUUCAGUGAUACUGUGUUUUUUUCUAUUUUUUUUUUAUCCCAUUAUUUAUUUCUUUACACUGCUCAUUACCUGUUGUGUUCUGUUAACAAGUGUUGCUUUAUUUCUGUACUAUGGUCAAUAAACGAAACAACCAAAAGUUCAUGCAUUUG